AUGGCAAUAUCAUCUCUUCUCUCUGAUACCGACGAGUGUGCUGGAACACCAUGUCAACAUGGCGAGUGUGUGAAUAAUGCUGGAUCGUAUACAUGUAACUGUGCUGAAACUGGAUACGAAGGAUACCACUGUGAGACAGAUAUUGAUGAAUGUAGUGAUAGUCAAACAUGUCAGAAUGGAGGAAUCUGCACUAAUACAGAUGGGUCAUAUGAAUGCGACUGUACAGAUGAUUAUGAAGGAGUCAAUUGCGAGCUACAGAUCAAUGAGUGUGGAGGUGGUUUGCAGUGUCACAAUAAUGGCGUGUGUUCUAACUCAGUGUGUGAUUGCGCUGACACUGGAUACGAAGGAACCACAUGCGAGGACGAUAUCGAUGAAUGCACCGAGACUGCACCCUGUCAGAAUAGCGGAACCUGUACUAACACAGAAGGGUCAUACACAUGUGACUGUGCUGGAACAGGAUAUGAAGGGGCAGAGUGUGAAAUAGACAUUGACGAAUGUAUUACGUCGUCACCAUGCCAACACAAUAGUGAGUGCACGAAUUCAGUCGGAUCGUAUACAUGUGUUUGUGAAGAUACUGGUUACCAAGGAGACCACUGUGAAAUUGACAUAGAUGAGUGUACACCAAACCCCCCAUGCCAGAACAGUGGGACAUGUACAAAUACAGAAGGGAGUUACACAUGUGACUGUGCUGGGACAGGAUAUGAAGGAACAGACUGUGAAACUGAUAUCAAUGAAUGUGACACCAACACCCCCUGUCAGAAUGGAGGUAUAUGUACAAAUAACGAUGGGUCGUACAGUUGCAAUUGUGACGACAUAGGUGCGAGUUUGUCAUGUCAUAAUACUGGUGCAUGUCCCGUUGACGGAGGUUCUACUUGUGACUGUACUGACACUGGGUAUGGUGGGGAUACGUGUGAAACAGAUAUUGAUGAAUGCACCGAGGCUCCACCCUGUCAGAAUAGCGGUACCUGUACUAACACUGUAGGAUCAUACACAUGUGACUGUGCUGGAACCGGAUAUGAAGGGACAGAGUGUGAAAUAGGCAUUGACGAAUGUAUUACGUCGUCACCAUGCCAACACAAUAGUGAGUGCACGAAUUCAGUCGGAUCGUAUACAUGUGUUUGUGAAGAUACUGGUUACCAAGGAGACCACUGUGAAAUUGACAUAGAUGAGUGUACACCAAACCCCCCAUGCCAGAACAGUGGGACAUGUACAAAUACAGAAGGGAGUUACACAUGUGACUGUGCUGGGACAGGAUAUGAAGGAACAGACUGUGAAACUGAUAUCAAUGAAUGUGACACCAACACCCCCUGUCAGAAUGGAGGUAUAUGUACAAAUAACGAUGGGUCGUACAGUUGCAAUUGUGACGACAUAGGGUACGAAGGAACCAACUGUGAGACUGAUAUUAACGAAUGUUCGAUUACACCAUGUAUGAAUGGCGGUGUCUGUUCAAAUAUCGAUGGCUCGUACUUGUGUAGCUGUUCAGAAACUGGGUACCAGGGAGAUGACUGUCAAACAGAAAUUUGUAGUGCGAGUUUGUCGUGUCAUAAUACUGGUGCAUGUCCCGUUGACGGAGGUUCUACUUGUGACUGUACUGACACUGGGUAUGGUGGGGAUACGUGUGAAACAGAUAUCGAUGAAUGCACAGAGGCUCCACCCUGUCAGAAUGGCGGUACCUGUACUAACACUGUAGGAUCAUACACAUGUGACUGUGCUGGAACCGGAUAUGAAGGGACAGAGUGUGAAAUAGACAUUGACGAAUGUAUUACGUCGUCACCAUGCCAACACAAUAGUGAGUGCACGAAUUCAGUCGGAUCGUAUACAUGUGUUUGUGAAGAUAUUGGUUACCAAGGAGACCACUGUGAAAUUGACAUAGAUGAGUGUACACCAAACCCCCCAUGCCAGAACAGUGGGACAUGUACAAAUACAGAAGGGAGUUACACAUGUGACUGUGCUGGGACAGGAUAUGAAGGAACAGACUGUGAAACUGAUAUCAAUGAAUGUGACACCAACACCCCCUGUCAGAAUGGAGGUAUAUGUACAAAUAACGAUGGGUCGUACAGUUGCAAUUGUGACGACAUAGGGUACGAAGGAACCAACUGUGAGACUGAUAUUAAGGAAUGUUCGAUUACACCAUGUAUGAAUGGCGGUGUCUGUUCAAAUAUCGAUGGCUCGUACUUGUGUAGCUGUUCAGAAACUGGGUACCAGGGAGAUGACUGUCAAACAGAUGUCGAUGAGUGCUCAGAGGGAACUCCUUGCUUGAACAACGGGCUAUGUUUAAAUACUGAUGGAUCCUUUACAUGUAAUUGUGACAACACUGGAUUCGAGGGACCAACUUGUGGAAUAGAAAUUUGUAGUGCGAGUUUUUCAUGUCAUAAUACUGGUGCAUGUCCCGUUGACGGAGGUUCUACUUGUGACUGUACUGACACUGGGUAUGGUGGGGAUACGUGUGAAACAGAUAUUGAUGAAUGCACCGAGGCUCCACCCUGUCAGAAUAGAGGUGCCUGUACUAACACUGUAGGAUCAUACACAUGUGACUGUGCUGGAACCGGAUAUGAAGGGACAGAGUGUGAAAUAGACAUUGACGAAUGUAUUACGUCGUCACCAUGCCAACACAAUAGUGAGUGCACGAAUUCAGUCGGAUCGUAUACAUGUGUUUGUGAAGAUAUUGGUUACCAAGGAGACCACUGUGAAAUUGACAUAGAUGAGUGUACACCAAACCCCCCAUGCCAGAACAGUGGGACAUGUACAAAUACAGAAGGGAGUUACACAUGUGACUGUGCUGGGACAGGAUAUGAAGGAACAGACUGUGAAACUGAUAUCAAUGAAUGUGACACCAACACCCCCUGUCAGAAUGGAGGUAUAUGUACAAAUAACGAUGGGUCGUACAGUUGCAAUUGUGACGACAUAGGGUACGAAGGAACCAACUGUGAGACUGAUAUCGAUGAAUGCACAGAGGCUCCACCCUGUCAGAAUGGCGGUACCUGUACUAACACUGUAGGAUCAUACACAUGUGACUGUGCUGGAACCGGAUAUGAAGGGACAGAGUGUGAAAUAGAUGUAAACGAAUGUAUAGUUGAUCCGCCAUGUCUGAACAACGGCGUGUGUACUAAUAUAGAAGGUUCGUAUUCAUGCGAAUGUGGUGAUACCGGAUAUGAGGGAACAAACUGCCAGACAGAUGUGGAUGAUUGCGCUUCCAGUCCAUGCCAGAAUGAUGGUCAAUGCACAGACGGUGUAAACACGUAUAUAUGUAGCUGCGUUAACGGAUAUAGUGGUGAUAACUGUGAACUUGCAGCAAUAGUCACAACGGAGGGGCCAACUACUUUAAAGCGAGGUGAAGAUGAAUGUGAUACAGCUCCCUGUGACUCGGAAAUGGAAUACUGUGUUGAUAAAAGUGUUGGAUAUGUGUGUAAAUGUAAAUCAGGCCAUCUCAAAGUCGAUGGAGCUUGCGAGAGAACCAAAAGUUACCAGGGGGAAUUCAAGAUUCUCCAAAAAGACGGCGUCGAUAUCAAUUUCUCUUCAGCGUUAAAUAACAAAGACUCAAGUGCUUAUAAAUCACUUGAACAAGACGUGAUUCAAUUGCUUGAUGCAGUGAUGAUAACUUUUAACGACAGCUAUGUUCAGUCGUUCGUCCUUGGAUUUUCCGCUGGAAGCGUAAAUGCAGAAUACGUCAUUUAUUUUCUAAAUGACAGUUCAAUCAAUGCCAGUGCUGUGGAAAACCGUUUGGUGGAAGGUGCCAAUGACGUCAACGAUUUAGCUAUUAAUGAAGAAAGUGUUCGAAUAACAGGUAUACUUUUUUAA